AUGGCAUAUUAUAAUAAAGGUAGUAAUAGUAACUACAAUAAUAAGAAUUUUAAAAGACCUGGGAGUCAGAAUAAUAAGAAUAAUAGUAACAGUAAUAAUAGUCAUGCAAAAAAACUGAAAAUAGGCAACGAUAUAAAUGACAAAGACUUAAAUGGCAAGAACAAUCGAUACGAUAGCAAUAGAUCUGCUGUGAACGGGAUACAAUCUGUGGAUAAUAGUAGGUACCAGAGGUCGAGGUACAGUGGAAGCACAGCGACAGUUAGGAAAAGUACAGCCAGUUCUGUAGUGCAAGAGAAAAAGAACAAAACGUUAGAUUUGCCAAAGGGACCUAAGUCUACUUUAACAUCAAGAUAUAAUGCAAACAUCUCUAAACCUGUGAAUAAAGUGAAAGUAUUACCUACAACGUUUAUUAAUGAAAAAAGAACAGAGUCAGUUUAUGAAAAAUUGGUACAAGUAGGUGAAGGUACCUAUGGCAAAGUUUAUAAAGCCAAAAAUUUAGUUACCAAUAAAUUAGUUGCAUUGAAAAAGUUAAGAUUAGAGUCUGAGAGAGAAGGCUUUCCAAUUACUUCAAUCAGAGAAAUUAAAAUACUACAAUCUUUACAACAUAAAAAUAUUUCUACUUUAAAUGAAAUUAUGAUCGAACAACAAAAAAUAGUAUACAUGAUAUUUGAAUACGCCGAUAAUGACUUAAGUGGGUUGUUAAUGAAUAAUAAAAUUAGCAUUAAUGUUGGACAAUGUAAAGAUAUAUUUAUGCAGUUACUGAAAGGUGUUCAAUAUUUACAUGACCAUAAUAUUCUGCAUAGAGAUAUAAAAGGUUCCAACAUCUUAGUGGAUAAUAAAGGUAGAUUAAAAAUUACAGAUUUUGGGUUAGCAAGAAAGAUGAAACAAAAAGCAUCCACCACUGCUUUCUUACAUGAUUAUACUAAUCGAGUUAUUACUUUAUGGUAUCGACCUCCAGAAUUAUUGAUGGGUACUACUAAUUACUCUACAGAGGUUGAUAUGUGGGGAUGUGGAUGCCUUUUAGUCGAAUUAUUUAACAAAACAGCAAUUUUUCAAGGGACUAAUGAGAUUCAACAACUAGAAGCCAUCUUCAAAAUAUUAGGAACGCCAACUAUACACAAUUUCCCUAAUAUUUUUGAAAUGCCUUGGUUUUUUAUGACUAUUCCACAGCAAACAACAAUUUAUGAAAAUCAUUUCGAUGAAAAGUUCUCUUCGAUUCUUCCUUCUGUAGCAUGCAUUGAUCUAGCAAAAAGUCUACUGAAUUAUAAUCAAAGUGAGAGAUUUACUGCCUCCAAGGCAUUGGAAAGUGAAUUUUUCAAAGAAACACCCAUUGCAGAACCUCUAAUACUAGAGAAUCACCAAGGUUAUCAUGAAUAUGAGGUUAAACUUGCCCGUAAGCAAAAAAGAGAACAAUUAAAUAAACAAUCUCAUCAAGAUAAACAAAAAUUAGCAUCUGUCUCUUCUUCAACAUCUUUGUCAUCUUUAAAUUUGUCGUCAAUGUCUAACAAAUAG